UGAACGUCGUUUCAUGGUUGUGCAUGGAACUGUAAUUUUUUUCUCAUCUUCAUCCUCUCUUCUAUCUUUUAAAGCUUGAAUUAGAAGGGAAAAAAGAAAGAAAGAAAGAAGAGAUGAGAUGAGAUCAGAUGAAGAGCAGAAAAUAAAAACAAUAUAUAGGUUUAUAGAUAUAGAAUUUUAUAUAUGUUUAUAUAGAUAAAAGUUUAGAUUCUUAAAGAAGAAGAUGAAAUUAGGGCUAUUCAAGUCGAAGCCAAAGACACCGGAAGAGCUGGUGAAACAGACUCGCGAGCUUCUCAAUUAUGCUCUCAAAAAUUCGGAAACGAGUGAGCGUAAGCGCCAAGAAAAGAUGUCUGAGCUUUGUAAAUUAAUCUUGGAGAUUAGGAUAGUUCUUUACGGCAAUGAGCAAUCAGAGCCAAGUACCGAUGCUUGUGAACAUUUGACCAGAGAAUUCUUCGCAGUGGACACAUUCCGUCUUCUAAUUGUUUGUCUUCCAAAGUUAGGCAUGGGGGCUCGAAUUGAUGCCACUCAUGUGGUGGCAAAUUUGCAGAGGCAAAAAGUCAAUUCAAAGUAUAUUGCCUGCAAUUAUUUGGAAAGCAACUUAGAUAUUAUGGAUAUUUUGAUUGUGGGUUAUGACGACGUUGAUGUAGCUCUGACUUAUGGUGCAAUUGCAAGGGACUGUAUUCGUCAUCAAAGUGUGGCUAGGUAUGUGCUGGAAUCGCAUGUGAAGAAGUUCUUCAGUUACCUACAAAUUCCAGAUUUCAAUAUAGCUUCAGAUGCUCAAGCAACAUUCAAAGAGCUUUUGACGAGGCAUAAAUCCACUGUAGCUGAGUUUCUUUCUGAGAACUACGAUUGGUUUUUUGAAAAAUACAAUUCACAAUUGUUGGAAUCUCCUAGUUACAUCACCAGACGGCAUGCUGUCAAGCUGCUGGGAGACAUGUUAUUAGAUCGCUCAAACGCCGCUGUGAUGGUUCGUUAUGUUAGCUCAUUACAAAACAUGAGGAUCAUUAUGAAUCUUCUAAGGGAUUCAAACAAAAAUAUACAAUUCGAAAGCUUUCAUGUGUUCAAGUUAUUUGUUGCAAAUCAAAACAAACCUCAAGAGAUCAUCAGCAUCCUCAUCUCAAACAGGAGCAAGUUUCUUCGAUUCUUUGAGGACUUCAAGACCGAUAAAGAGAAUGAAGAAUUUGAAGCAGACAAAUCUCUAGUUAUGAGUGAGAUUGCUGGUUUGGAAUCAGGUGACCUCCCUUCACACACAGACUCGGAUGAAUAAUAAUGAGACUCAAAAACUCCACAAUGAUUUUGUUUCGUAAUUUGUAUACAGAUACUUGAAUCUUUAGCAUCACUCAAUUUUAGGAAAGCAUAAAAUUGUGCCUAUAUCAUGUUUAUUAUUAUUAUUUUUCAUUAUCAUUGUUAUUAAUUUUGGAUUGACAAGCAUAGCCUUUGUUACUUUAAUCAAUUGCCAUUCACUCCA